CCCUUUUAUACUCUCAUAUAUACAUAGAUACAAUUGUUCUUCCUCGAUGGGUCCUCGAGCUCCUGCAUCUGUUCGAACUGUAUAUAGUAUCUUAUCCGAUCCUCUCAUUUUGGGAACCACCACUGCGGUUGCUGUAAUGACUAUGGCAUGGUACUUUUAUGCAUCAAAAAAACCCAGUCGUAUUUUAGAUCAACAUACCAUUAAACAAUUCAAACUAUUAGAAAAACUCGAGAUCAAUCACAAUACUAGUUUAUAUCGCUUUUCCCUUCCUCGACCUACUGAUGUCCUUGGCUUACCUAUUGGUCAACAUAUUUCCAUUAUCACUUGUAUCGAUGGUGAAGACGUAGUUCGAAAUUAUACCCCAACAACUGGGAAUGAAACAAGAGGUUACUUUGACUUGGUGAUCAAGACAUAUCCUACAGGAACAGUAUCGAAAUAUAUGGCCAAUUUAAAACCUGGUGAUACGAUUGAUGUACAAGGACCAAAAGGAUCUUAUUUCUAUACUCCAAAUGUGAUGAAAGAAAUUGGAAUGAUUGCAGGUGGCACUGGUAUUACGCCUAUGCUUCCAAUCAUCAAAGCUAUACUACGGAAUCCCAAAGAUACAACUAAAUUGACAUUGAUCUACGCCAAUAAUGCCCUGGAGGAUAUAUUACUAAAAAGUGAAUUAGAUCGUUUAGAAAGAGCAUACCCUGAUCAAUUUCGUGUACAUCAUGUUUUGGCUCUUCCACCUAAAGAUUGGGCUCAAGGGAUUGGAUAUGUGACAAAGGAAACAUUGGCUACUUGGAUGCCUGCACCUGCUGAUAAUAUACAACUCUUAGUCUGUGGUACUCCAGAAAUGAUGAUUGAUAUUGAAAAGGCAACGAUUGAAUUGGGUUACAAUCCACCACGAUCUAUCAGUAAAUUAACAGAUCAAGUCUUCAAAUUUUAGAAACCCUUCUUACCUGUCUAUAUUAUAAUUAUAUCUUAUCUUAUAUUACCUUUUUUUUUUUUUU